CCAUGUCCCGCCCAUUCACGGGCCAUAAAGAGAGCGCAGGCGCACUGAUGUCACGUGAUCGCCCCCGGAAGCGCGGCCUGCUGGCUCAGUUCUGGUUGAGCUUGGGGCGCAGGGGAGUUUCGGAACUAUGGCGAAGUCCGGGAAGGAGCUGGAUGGUCAGAGCGUGGCUGCAUUCACGGUGUUAAAGCGGGCGGUGGAACUAGACUCGGAGUCCCGGUACCAGCAGGCUCUGGUGUGUUACCAGGAGGGGAUAGACCUGCUCAUGCAGGUUCUGAGAGGUACCAAAGAUGAUACAAAGAAAUGUCAUCUCAGAAAACAAAUUACUGGCUACAUGGAUAGAGCAGAAAUAGUGAAGAAAUACUUGGAUCAAGAAAAAGAAGAUGGAAAAUAUCACAAGCAGAUUAAAAUAGAAGAGAAUGCAACAGGUUUCAGUUAUGAGUCACUUUUUCAAAAAUACCUUAAUGAAACAGUUACAGAAGUUUGGAUACAAGAUCCUUAUAUUAGACAGAAUCAUCAGCUAUAUAACUUUCUUCGAUUUUGUGAGAUGCUUAUUAAGAAACCAUGUAAAGUAAAAACUAUUCAUCUUCUCACCUCUCUGGAUGUAGGUAGUGGGAAACAGCAGCAAAGUAGUGGCCUGCAAGAAAUAAAAGAGUCACUCCAGAAUUACGGUGUGUUAUUGGAAUUAGAAUAUUCUUCUUCAGUACAUGACCGAGAAAUUAGGUUUAACAAUGGAUGGAUGAUUAAGAUUGGAAGAGGACUUGAUUAUUUUAAGAAACCACAGAGUCGUUUUUCCCUUGGAUAUUGUGAUUUUGAUUUAAGACCAUGUCAUGAAACAACAGUGGACAUUUUUCAUAAUAAGCACACAAAAAAAAUAUGAUGGGUAGUAGCUUAAUUUGCAUUAUAUAUUUCUAUUUUAAGUGAAUAUUGAUUUUGUUACUUUGGAUAGAUCAUUCCUAUAAUUACAAAUUUAACAAUAAAUUUUUACAUUUCUACUAAUUUAUGGAUCCAUUUUUUAGUUAUGUAACCAACCCUAAAUAUUUUUAUAAAUACAUUAUUCAGUAGAUUUACAGUGUUUCCAGUCAUAAGGUUAAUUUAAACAUUUUACCAGCUUGUCUCUUAUUUGACUGUUGGAGAAUGAAUUAAUAAACAAUGAGCGCCUAUCAUGAAGAUGAAUUGGAUGUUAAUCUUGCCCCUGGGAAUUUAGCGUGCAGGAGGAAAAAGCAUGGAUUAGAGUACUCUUCUAAGAGACAGAUGGGCUUGGGGGCCUAAUAACCAGGAAAAAAAAAUUAAUUUUAUUACAAUUAAGUGUCCCUGGUAGAAA